AUUAUGCGUAUAAACAGCACUGAAAAGGUAGCCUGGCACGUGCGGGGAGGGGGACAUUAUUCUACAUCGCAUCACACGGCGUUACAUGGCGUCUUCUCCAGCGACGCACUUGCACAUUAUUCCUGUUUUAUACCCAUAGGGUCUGUCAUGUUUUAACUUGCAGGCACAGAUUUCGAGUCUGUCAUCAUUGCGGACACAUUGCAACAUGCACUGAUGCGCAGGCGAAGGCUAUGGGUUCAGGUACAUCUUGGUCCUGGCGAAUUAUUAAUCAAAAAUUACCAUCAUCGGAGAUAUUUCAGCACCGUACAGAUAUGCGAGGCGUGUGGUAUACGUGAAAAAAAAUGAAGAACACGAUGUGGCUUUCCAUCGAGAAUGACUGCAUAUGAAGAGAUCUAUGGUUUUAAGUCUAAGAUUCUUGUUGUGGUGAAGGAAAGAAGACCCUGCAAAAUACAACCAUUGUACUCUCUGGAUAUAAGCAAAUCUAUCAGGCCAGAGCAUGCCAUCUACAUCAACAUCCAGAAUCCUACGACCCCUCCUGCUUGGUACCUUUUUACUGGGAUGCUUUGUGACUUUAUUUUUAAUGUACAUCAAACCAUCAACGAGCUGGCUGUCAGGUCCCAUUGAAUCAGAAACGUCCACGGCCAAAGUGAAAAGCCUUCUUACCAACAGAAGUGAACAAAACCAGACCACAGUCCUGGUCUGGCUUUGGCCUUUCGGAGAAACCUACGAUCUUAACGUCUGCAGCUCUUUGUUCAACAUCGAUGGCUGCUUUGUCACAGCGGACCGAAACCUUUACAACAAAUCCGACGCCGUCGUCAUACAUCACAGGGACAUCACCAGCGACCUGUCCAACAUGCCACCUUCGUACCGUCCGACCUUGCAGAGAUGGAUUUGGAUGAACUUUGAGUCGCCAUCGCAUUCAUCCCAGUUACCUGGUAUCGAAAACCUGUUUAAUUUAACCCUCAACUAUCGGCAGGACGCUGAUAUAGAAGUGCCUUAUGGAUCGAUCGUCGCAGCCCAGGGAGAGGAGGACUUUGUGCCACCCAGCAAGAACAAGUUGAUCUGCUGGAUAGUCAGCAAUUGGAACCCAGAUCACGUAAGGGUCAAAUACUACAACGAAUUAUACAAGCACAUCGAGGUUCACGCCUACGGACAAGCUUUCGGCGAGUACAUUUCCGACCAGGACUAUUUUCCGACAAUUGCGAGCUGUAAAUUUUACCUGGCGUUCGAGAACUCUAUUCACAGAGAUUACAUCACUGAGAAAUUGUACAACCCACUUUCCGUUGGUACGGUGCCUGUUGUGCUCGGACCCCCAAGAGAGAACUAUCAGAAUUUUGUGCAGGGAAAUGCAUUCAUCCAUGUCGAUGAUUUCCCGUCUCCAAAAGAGCUGGCCGAUUAUCUCCUGUUCCUUGACAAAAACGAAGAGCUUUACCUAAAGUACUUUGACUGGCGUAAACACUUUAAAGUGAAAAAGGCAUAUUUUUGGGCAGAACAUACAUGUCUGGCUUGUGACUACGUGAGACGGCACAAUGAGUACAAGGCAAAGAACAAUCUUGAUAAAUGGUAUUGGGGAUAAUCCACAUGUUGGUCUCCGAACCAGGUUGCUUAACAGAAGGUUCAUGUAACUUAAUUUAAAUAAGGGUCUGUUGUUAGCAUUUGCAAAUAAUUGACUUUAUUUUUGUAAAAUGCCCCAAAGUAGAUCUUAAUUUAUUUUGUGCUCGCAUUUGUUUACAUGCGUUAAUACCGAGCCCCUAAGGUGACAUUGGAGUAAAAAAAUCUAAAGUUUAGUUUCGCGUGCUCACAUGAAACAUUCGCGUGCACACUUGAAAUUUUUGCGUGAGAACACGAAACUAAACGCGAUAGUUUCACCUGCGCACGCGAGAGUUUCAUGUGGGCACGCAAAACUAAACUUUAUUUAAUUUUUGCUCCAUGUCCCCUUAGGGGCUCUGUACGUUAAUAAACUUUAUAAAGUGAAAAGUUGGAUCAACUUAAAAAAAUACUUCAAUAAAAAUUAGUUUUUCAACAUGUAUGUUUAAGUAAAAAAAUUAAGUUGAAAAAAAAACUUACAUUUUGUUGGUGUUACCAAUUGAUCCACUUUUUUACUUUUUACAGUGUGUUCUGUAUGCAAAUCAUAGAUUUUUUUUUAUAAUAAUGAUUAUUAUUUCUGCUUUAAUCUGCAUUAUUUUGCAUUUUAUUUUAUGUAUAUUUGUGAAAAAACAAUUAUGACCAAAAUUAAUUUAAAUUCAGUACCAUCAUUUUAUGCACCUACUGUAGGUACAUCAGACUCGAUAAAAUGUUUAUUUAAUGAAAUAAGAUAUAUUUAUGCUUUAUUUAUAUUAUCAUUGGUUAUUGUGUACAUGUUAGUGAGUCACCUAUGCAGUGUUUACAGAACUUAUGUUGUGAAAAAUGUUAUUGUACUGGACUGUAAAUGUAUAAUGUGUACAGUACAAUAUGUAUUUUAAGGAAACUUGCCUUUCAUUUCCAUAGUUUUGUAUGGAUGUUUUUUCACAAUCAUGCACUCAAAUUUUUUCGUUUUGUCUGUAUUUGACCUCAUCAUUAUAGUUAUAAACAUAAUGUAACACUGUCAUCACUUUUGCUAUUGAAAAACAAAUAUGCCAGCAGCGGGGCAUUGGUAAUAUUUCACUGUACUGUGUUACUGCGGAUAAUUUCAUUGUUUAUUAGCUUACAUGGCUUGGUUAUGUAUGUGUCAAGGUACUGUAAAGUUCUGUUUUGAAGUCAUAUUAACUUUGUUUUACUGACAAAUGUAUUUUAGAAGAUAGAUAGUGCCAUAUUCACAGGAAUGUGACUGACUGUGUGGUGAGGUAGACCUUUCUCCAAAAGUUGCCAAAUGCUUGGAUGUUUGAGACAAAUGAAGCUGAAAGUCAUAAUUAUUUACUUUCCAAUUUAUACAACAUUUAUGUAAAUUUGGAAUGAAAAGCGUUUAUCAGAAUCUGUGCUUCAGUUUCAGAUGCAAACAUACAAGACUUGUUUGCUGCCAAAGGUUUCUUUCUUAAAAAGAGAAACAUCUCUGGGAUUCACAAGACAACAUUAUUCAGAUCCCCAGAUCUCCUUUCACAGUGAAAGACUCUUUUUUGAUGUGCUUGAUCAAUUUAAUACUAAAUAAGGGUUCAUUAUUGAUCACUGAGAGCAUAAUCUGCAACCUUGCAUUGUUGAUACUCUUGUAUGGAUAUUGGAUAUGUUGUUUGUAAAAGAUAUUGGUCAUUUACAGGUCCGGUUCUUGACAAGCACACGUUUAUUCUUGUUAUUUUGAUGUCUAAACAACGGACAUGCAUUGUUGUUCGUCUCAGUUUCCCCAUGAAACAAUGAUGAAAUACAUAAUGUUUGUGUUUUUAACUUUUGUAUUCAUGAGGGAACAUUGGUUUCGAACAAAUUACGCUUUUGGUGAUUUUAUCCAUUACCUGUAUAUUACUGUUAAAUGAGCCGGACUUCUUUUAUACAAAUGAGAAGAUGCAUUUCAGAUCAAUGUUUGUUUGAAGAUAAUCUUUUGGCCAUGAACGCUCUUUAUGCAUUGUAAAUAGCCGCAUUGUCGGAUGAUCUCUGACCUGUAGCGAAUGCCGUGGGGAAGAUGCGCUGAAAUCCAACAAGCCCUUUCUGAGCCUUUGCACCAAGGAAGAAAAGAGGCGGGUCUGCUGCUGAGGACAAAGAUGGCAGUGUUUCUGCCGCUUUCUGCCCAUGAGGCAGAUUCCUCAAAUUUGCUCGAUCUUGAUGCUUUAGACUGUUGCACUGAAGUUGAGGAGACUUGAUUUCAAUGAUUUAUUGAACUGGUGUUCAUUUAAAAGAAGUUGACCUGUGAAAUAAGAUGUUUUUGUUGUACAAAGUGAAUCAGAGAUUGCUUACUGACCAUAAUUAUUGACUUGUAUUGUUUUGUCCUCUCUUUCAAUUUUUCCUGUGCACAAAUGUUUGCUGUGAGCUCUUGGUGCCCUUUAAAACAGUACUUGCAUUAUGAGUGUGUCCGUGGCGUCUGAAUCAGAGCACCUGCUGACUCAUCCAUGUAGGCUGGUUGCACAGGCGCCAGCAUGGAGUAUGAUAUCUCCUCUAUGCAUUAAUGCAAAAUGACCCACAUUCCUAUUGUGCUGAGGAACCUGAGGGUGUACAGAAUUGUUCAUUGCGACGUUUAUUGCCAAAAUAAUGUUAUUUGCCAAAUGAGUUACUGUAGAUGUCUGUUAGUGAAAUAAGAAGAUUAAAAUAAAACUACAUUCAUAUAAAGUUGUGGGUUCUUGUCUUGAUUCUGAGAUUCUGUGAAAAAAUACUUUUCACCACCCGCUGUUGAACAGCAACAUGCUUUUCAGCAACAUAUCUCCGGCUGAUAAAAAUAGCAGAGCAAAUCCACUGUAAGUUGAAUGAUGAUACCAAAGGGACAGUUUGGCAUGCUGGCCAUCAAAUCCCCCGCUGUUGUUGUGACCUCUGUGUUUAUACGCUGGCAUUUAGAGUUAUCCAUCUGUACCUUCUAAGGCUGUGAAUCUCAACCCUGUCCUGGAGCGCCCACGGUAAGAUGUCCCCUAUCAGACACACCCAGUUCAGG